AAAGCACCCAUCAGUUGUCUGGUAACAGAGCACACAGACAGACGCAAGUUCUAGGGAUUUCUGUUCGCUCAGAUUCUCCGAGUCGACUCGGUUAGGGUUAACAAACUUUAAUUCUUUGUUGUAAUUUUUUCAGUUGAUCUAUGGUUCAGUUGAUGAAUACCGGAAAAUCUUCGCCGGAAUCGGGUUCCGGUGGCCGGAAAAUGUUUCCGGUGAAGAUGGAGGUGGAGGAUUCAUUGGAAGACCAACACGGCCCGCUCAACAAGCGAUCUAAGCUCUCUUCUUCUCUUCAGCAGUGUGAUAUGGGAUCUGUUAGUUUCCCAAUACCACCAUCUCAAUACAAUCCACUGGAUGAGCCUAGCCCGUUGGGCUUGCGGCUCAAGAAAACCCCAUCACUUUUGGACUUGAUCCAAAUGACGCUUGCGAAAGGAAAUUCUUCUAAGGUUGGAAUUCAUGCCAAGAAAGAGCACAAGGGUACCACUGCUUCUGAUAAGCUCAAGGCUUCGAAUUUCCCAGCUUCAUUUCUCAGAAUCGGGACCUGGGAGUACAAAUCAAGAUACGAAGGAGAUUUGGUUGGGAAGUGUUACUUUGCAAAGCAUAAGCUUGUGUGGGAAGUCCUUGAUGGCGGUUUGAAGAAUAAGAUCGAAAUUCAGUGGUCUGAUAUUGUGGCUUUGAAGGCAAAUUACCCGGAUGAUGGACCUGGGACUUUGGACGUUGUGCUUGCUAGGCAACCUCUGUUCUUCAGGGAGACCAAUCCGCAACCCAGAAAGCAUACCUUAUGGCAAGCAACAUCAGAUUUUACUGGUGGACAGGCAACGAUAAAUAGGCGUCAUUUUCUGCAGUGCCCUCAAGGAUUGUUAGGAAAGCAUUUUGAAAAGCUUAUGCAAUGUGAUCCUCGCCUUAACUUUCUGAGUCAGCAAGGAGAAAUAGUUUUAGAAUCACCAUACUUUGAACCAAGAGUUUCUGUGUUUGACGACACAGAUGAACCAAACCAUGGGAUUGAUUUGAAUGGUGAGGAGGGGCAGAAUUAUCUUGAUUUGCGGGAUGCUACAUCACCAUCUGGAGGUCUGUCUUCCCCCUUGUCCGAUGACCGGCAAGAUCUUCUCGGUAGACCUGCAGAAAGAUUUCCCCUUGAAACACCUUCACCUAGCUCAGUAAUGGACACACAUGCUAUCGAAGAAAUCAGGAACAGCAGAUUCGAAGAACUCAAGGGGCUUAUUGAUCAAGAUCAAAUAAAAGUGCCUGGGCUCCACUCCUCUAUGUCAAUGAGUGACCUAGUGAGCCACAUCGAACAUCGAAUCUCAGAGCAGAGAACAUCCAACAAUUUCACCCUUUCUGCAGAAGAGCGAGAAAGCCUGGAGAUCCUGGAGGAGAUUAGCCACUUCUUAUUCAGCGAUUCUCAAUAUGCCUCAACUUCUGACGAGCAAUGCAUCAUGUCAAGAGUCAAUUCCCUCUGCUGCCUUCUUCAGAAGGAUCCUAUGACAGCCCAAAACUCGCAGGUUAAUAAAGGUGAUAGCAGUACUGGCGUAAUGGUUGACAAGAGAACAGGUGAACCACACUCAGGUAAAAACAAGGUUGGGGAGGAUUUUGUCAUGCCAGAUGGUGAAUCUAACUCUGAUUCCAAGCAGGGUCCUGCCAUGACAAGGAAGGACUCAGUUGGGGAGCUGCUGCUUAAUCUUCCAAGGAUAGCGUCUCUACCGCGGUUCUUGUUUAACAUAUCUGAAGAUUUUGACAAUCAAGCCAGAUAGUGAUUUUCUUUUUAACCUGAAAAAGAAAAAAAAUGUGAAAAGCACGUGUCCGAAAGGUUCUCUUCUCUCCUGGAUUGUAAAUACAGCAUUUCAUUGCAAGUUGUGCUAAAUUCUGUGAUAAGUUUAGGGAUUCAGAGAUGGACAUUGAUGAAGAAUCCUGACAUGCUUUAUUUUGGAAGCUGGUCUUUCUGGUUUUCAUUCAAAUGUAGUCCUUUUAAAACAUUACUCAUUGUGAAUACACAUCUCUGUUGUGGUACUUUACUAA